GUCCGCUGUAAGGAUGUGCAGCGUAGAACACAGACGUUUUCGUUGUUUAUGGCAACUUCCAGUUGCAUUCACGUUCCCAGCGUCUAUAGCGGAGGGUGUCUGCUUUUUCGUCUUUGUUCGUACGAGCGAGAGCCUAUUCUAAAGACGUUCUCGGUAGAUUCUCCUAAGGCAGACGUGUUUGUCGCGUCUAGAGAACCACGCGUCAAAGAGGCAAUUUAGAAGUCUUUUCUCGACGUUUGUGUGUGCUAAACCACGCCUAAAGAUUCUGCUUUGUGCCUCAUACGAGUAAGCAUCCAAAACCAUUUUCCUCGAAAUCCAUUAGGUCUUGAGCCAUCUCAGAGCCGGUUCUUUUCAAUAAGGGCUUCGAUGUCAUCGCUUCUCGAGGCCGUUUCGCGACUUCUUUGAACCAAUUUACGGGCGAAGUAAACAUUUUCAUUCAAGUCUAAGCUAAACUGAUGCCACAGACUCGAUUCUGUGUGUCGUUUUCCGUUUUUUUGGCACGUCCCCACCGCUGUCUUGAGGUCCCCCGAGGCUCCGUUGCCUCCUCCCGAUAAGUCUGCCCUCUGUAGCGCGCGGCAGUUUCUAAAAUGUUUGUUUCCCUUUUGGUGGAAAAUGGAGUUGUCGGAGAGUUCGACUUGUCUGUCGACAAAGAACGAGGAUCUCCAAUACGCCAUCAAGCGCAUCUUGAAGCAGCACCAGAGAGAAUGCGAAGACGCAGCUGAGUUUGGGAAAGCACGCGAGGCGCAGGCGGCUCUCAACGAGUUGCAGUACCGAUGUGAAUUUGAGAGUCUUUGUCGCCUUUUUUGCCAUCAGUACCAGCAGCUCUCUAAUGCCGACGAAGCGUACAGAAACCAGCUUCAGGCACUCGAGACACAGUGGAAAACGGUACAACUUCCAGCGCUCGUUGACAGAAUUCGAAAGUGGAAGUCGCAGCUGCAGGCCAGACAAAGCGCAGAACUCCAGAGCUUCUCGUGGCAAGAAGCCGGCGAAGACAGCAAGUCAAAACCGAAGUUCAAGAAGGAGGCGUUCGACCUGCAAAAGAAAAUGCAGUACCUCGGCCACCAAGGACGCUACGAUGAAGCCGAGGAACUGCAGAGACGCCUCGAAGCUCAGCAGCGCUUGGAUGCUCAGGAACAUGAAGCAUCACGACAAGCCCGUCGAGAGCGACAAGCGGCAAGGCUGACAGAAACACACGAAGCGGAGCGCGCUGCUUUUGAAAGCAAAGUCGAACGUUUAACAGAGUACUACAACCGGCAAAACGCCGCGAUGGUCGACACUCUCCGGAGGAAACACCAGGGACUCCGAAAAAGUAUCACACACGUUCAAGGUCUGGAGCUGCAGAAGGCCUUGCAUGCACUGAAGUGUCUGAAGCCCGACGAAGGCGUUUGCCUCGUGUGCUCCGCGGUCUCCACGCACAUGCGGCAACUUGGAAAAACUCGCUGUGAGACCGAUGAGGCUCCAGAAAGCCACCAGACACUGCCUCUGUUACCACAGGAACUGUCUCUAGCUGUUUCCUCGAACAGAAGGGAGUCGCUCGGAGCCCGACGCUCUCAGGCAUCGCCGCGGCCGUCGGCCUCGUCUCUUACUGGGAGAGCCGAGAGACCUCACAAGCAGCAGAGCACCUGUUCACUUUCUGUCCUGGACAGAAUGGCGCCUCUGUCGCUCACAAACUACUGCAGAAGUGCGCGCGAAACGAGUCAGACAACUCCGAAAACUCGUCGCUCCUUUAUGACCGGCAAGUCGUUCCAGAUCUUGAUGGCGCGGCGCACAGCGCGAGAACACGAGAAGAAAACGCCACCUGUGGGCGGGAGAAAGGGGACUGUUUCGGUGUCUGCUCGAGGGAAGAGCGAGGUGGAGGUUGGGCGUCGCAGGAAAAAAAUCUCGGCUGCGGGAGACGCGCUCCACAGAGAAAUCCUAAACUGCUGGAAAGAAGCGGCAGAAAAAGUCAUAAAAGACCGAAAUUCCGUCUCUCCCCUACGAUGAGGCAACGCAUCUGUGCGUUCACAGCCUUGUGCUUGACUACGAGUGGAAACCCCUGCUAUACGGACUCAGAUCACGAUGUUCACACUUCAGGGAUCGUUCCAGAGUCUCGACUGCCUCGUAGCCACCUACGCAACAGUCCCAUUUGGCGUUUGCUGUGUUAACGGAAUGGACUCCUCCGGUAAUUUCUGAAGAUCUUUAGCAGCUCACUGUCCAUCGCACAUGCGCAGUCUAGGUUCCGCUUUUCGUGAGCUGAUGUGUGUCUGGGUCUGAAGUUCCUGCGGUGUAUAUCUAUGAAGACACACAAAGUAGGAUGGUACAAGAGCCUUUC